AUGUCCAGUUCGUCGCCGUCUCAACAAUCCCACCAGCUGGAGCACAUCCAUGAAUCCGCCGUUGUACGCGAGGAGGGCUCCCCGCCCCCCAAUCAAGAAACCCUAAUUCACUCCGGCCCACCAACGCCGCCGCCGCCGCAAAAAUCGGAUCUUUCGCCGCCGCCCACUACCGAUCCAGAACUCCACUGCCCCGACGAAGAGGAAGAGGAAGAGGAGGAAGGCGGAGAAGUAGACGAAAAGCCGGCGCAAGAAACUUCGGCCACCUCAUCGGGCGGAGCCCUUCACGUGGAGCCUCCAAUCGCCGUAUCCCACGUGUCCGCCCGUGAUGUCAUCGCCCCGUCGCCGCCCUCUGGCGGCUCGAUUGCCAGACGGGGAGCCAGCAAGCGGAAGAAGGGCAAAGGUAAGGGAAAACCUAACCCCAAGAAACAGCAGGCUAUUGAAGAAAAGUUGCGAGUUUUGGUAAAAAAUUUAAACCCCAUCCCCUUCAUACCCAACAAGAUCCCCGAUUUCGCCAAGCACGAGAGGCUUCUGGCAAAUCUAGGCCUAUGGGACUUUGUUCACAUCGAUUUGGAUAGGAACAUAAGGGUCGAUUUGAUUGCGGAGCUGAUUGCUACUUAUGAGCUGAAAACGCGUGCUAGCUAUGUCAAUAAUUGUCGAAUCACAGUCAGUAGAGCUGACCUGGCCCGUGCUUUCAAGCUGCCUGUGAAGAAGAAGGGGAAUGCAGGUGGGUUUGAUGUGGACCUGGAAAACGAGCUUCUGUCGGACGAGUCAAUAGGGUUUGUUAGCGAACUCGUUUCAGAUUGGUUGCUUUUGCAUGAGGAGGACACGUGGAUGAUGCCAAAUGAGGUGACCGAUUUGUUCAAGCUGAUAAGGGACGGGCAUCCAGAGAAAGUGGAUUGGGCUACCAUGUUCUGGAUUAUGGUGGAGAAGGAGUUGAAGCAAGGAAGUCAGUUAAGGGACUGCUACUAUGCAUCCCAUUUGCAGCACCUGAUUAAAUUUCAGCGCGAACAUUUGUUGUCUGCAGUGAAAUCUGAUUCCGAACAUGAUAAGGAAGAAGAUCAUGGAGUUAUUAUUAAAGAGGGGGUUGAUGUUGAUGUUGAUGUGAAUAUUGUUGGUGAAAAUAUUAACAGUCUUGAGGAAAAGGAUUUUCCAGUGGAAGAAGGACCCAGCACGGUACUUUCGCUCGGACAAGAUGGUGAGAAAGAAGAAUUCGUGAAGGAGGAUGAGAAAUGUAAGGAUAGUGAUGGUGAUGAGGUGGCGGAUGAUGAGCUGGAGGAAGAUGAGAGAGAGAACGAGCCAGGGCAGUGGCGUUUGAAUGAAACAAACGAAUUCGGAGAGCAUUAUAUGAGGCGUUGUGCUGCCAAGGAAAAUACUGAGGAAUUUGGUAGCUUUGAUGAAAAAAAAGAGGAAGAAGAAGAAGAGGAAGUACAGAUUGAGGAGGAUGAGGUGGAGGAGGAGGAAGAUGGGGAAGAAAACGAGAAUAAAUUUGAACUUUCCCCAAGUCACCAUAUUCCUCUGGACAAGGGGUAUACUGGUAAUUUGCUUCAAGCAAUGGAAGUGAACCAAAUGGCCUUCAACCCACAAGAUCAGCUCGGUAGGCAAUCUUCAAUGGAUGACAUGAGCUUGUUCAACAAUACGGGCAAGAGGGUGCUCGAGCAAAACGAAACCCAUCUCAUGAAUAAUCCUAACGAGCCGAACAAAAAAUUAAGGAUAAGCAAUUCGUGGGACCACAACAACAAGCACAUGGACUUCGGGACGUGCAUGGAGCAGAUUCAGCAUGUGGCCGAGACAGCAAAGAUGCUUUACGAGCAGAAGGCCAGUGAAUUGGAGUACGCGAACAUGAACCAACAGAUUAUUCUCUCCGAGCUGCAAAAACGCGAUUCGAUUAUCGAACACCUGCACAAGACCCGAUUCGAGGAUUUGCAGAAAAAAGAUGGCGAGAUUUACCGUCUCGAACGAGAGCUUUAUCUGAUGGAGACCGUGCUGGAUGGUUAUAGGAAGGCUUUGAAGGAAACUCAGAGGGCGUUUGCGGAAUAUAGGGAAAAGGCGCAGCUUCGGGAAGAACCGGUUUACAAGGAUGUGGGGCCCGGUGGGCUUAUGCUGACUGCUGGGGAGAUAGAGAAGAUCCGGAAGAAACAAGAGGAGGAGUUUAGGAUGAGUUGUUUUAUCAUGGAGCAGAAGAUGAAGGAAGUUGCGGGGGAUUGGGAAGGCCGGUUUAAAGAGUAUGCUGAAAAGGUUGAGUUUUUGGAAAAUAAGUUGACGGGCCUCGAGGCUGAUGCUAAAGAUGUGAUUGAAUUUUGUGGAAAUCGAAAAACGAAGCGAAUUGAAGGAAUGGGGGCAGAAGUUUUUGAACCGCAAACUGAAGAAGAAGUGGUGACUGAAGCUCUUUUGGGAGCACAGAGUGAAGAGAAAAUGUCUGAUGCUGCUGAUGAAGAUGAAAAGCCAUUUGCCCCACAAUCGGAAGAAAAAGAGUCUGAAGCUGAAGAACCACAAUCGACACCACGACCUGAAGUAAAAGAGGUGUCUGAAGCUGAAGAAAGUCAACCAAAUGCAUAA